GUAAACUUCCAUAUUCAGGAGUUAUAACUGUCUGUUUUAACUAACAAAACUUGCUAUAUUUAGAAUUAGUGUUACAUAUAUUUCAUAAUAAAGAGUGAGAAAAGAAAAGGGAGAAAAUGGCAUCAGGACAAGAGAGCAGGCAAGAUUUAGAUAGCAGGGCUAGGCAAGGUGAGACUGUUGUCCCUGGUGGUACUGGUGGCAAGUCUCUUGAAGCACAACAACACCUUGCUGAAGGCAGGAGUAGGGGAGGACAAACAAGGAGAGAGCAGCUAGGACACGAGGGAUACCAAGAGCUAGGCACCAAGGGUGGUCAAACCCGUAAGGAGCAGAUGGGUACUGAAGGCUAUAGUGAAAUGGGCCGCAAGGGCGGCCUUAGCACCAUGGACAAGUCCGGAGAAGAGCGAGCGCAGGAGGAAGGCAUCGAUAUCGAUGAGUCCAAGUACCGCACUCGCUCUUAAUCACUACUACUGCUACUACUACUACAUACUGCUUCGCGCAGUAGUUGCUCUACUGCGCUUAAAACUCCCCGCUGUUACUUUGCUUUCAAGGUAGUGUUAAGAAUCUGUAGGUGGUUUGUAACUUUGUAUGUGUGUUGUAAGGUUUAUCAAUGUAAUGUAAUAAAUCUAAUGGUUUAAGGAGUGUUUUUUUUGUUUGCUUUCCUCAGCUGCGCGGGAAAAAAAAUCUGCGCAGCUGAUUAGCUUUGUAACGUUUAUGUAGGGACACUCUUAGGCCGCAAGUGUAUGUUCAUUGUGUUGUUUUUAAACUUAAUGCGAGAUGAUGUGUUUCGCGGGGAA